CCUCCUCUUCCUCCGCCUCCUCCUCCUCUGCUAUUUCAUGGUCAGGGUAGAGCGACUUCCUGGCAUUGCAUUCAGCUUCUCACCAACCGUUAGGAAAGAGUCUCUGGUUUCAGGGGAGGGGGACUUCGGAGAGCCUCGCCUUGUACAAGUCCUCCCGCUUGGAUGCCUCUGGUGAGGAGAAAGGAGGUGAGCACGCAGGAAAGCAUCUGCUGAUCGAAAUGACACAUCUGGAGGGGAAAGAGGCCGUGGUGAGGCACCUGCGGGCAAAGCUCCAAGGGAACAGGAAAGACCCUCCUGAAGCGGGCGGCUGGCCAGAGAGUUGCUCUGCAGCAUCCCCUGCAAGGGAGCCGGGACAGACCCCCACACCGGGCCCCAAGGGCGAGCCGCCUCCAGAGCCCCCCCGGGCCAGGAGGGUGGACUUCAGCAGGGCUUCUCCGUCUCACAGGAAAGGUCAGAGUGUGGGACAGCAUUUCCCUCCCCAUCCUGUCGGUGAGACCCCAGAAUGGAUGCUGCGAUUGAAGAAGGGGAUUGCUCAAGACGCCAGCAUCCACCCAGCCCCUGCAAGGCCAGGAGGAGGAGACGUGUUGAACAAGGAGGUGGGAGCCACCUCCAAUCCCCCCCCGAGAAACUCAGCCCAGCAGACACGAUCGCUUAUCAAAGACAAGGGUGCUCCAGCAGUUACUGCCACGGCUCGCGCAGCCUCCCUGGACACUGUGGGGAGUCCCCGUGGGACAGGGCACCCAGCUCCACCUCGGAGGAAGCCUUUGCCUCACAGCAAGGCGCUGGGAGUGAGGCCGGCCAAGCCCAGGCGCCCUCCUGUCGUGGAUCUGGAGAAGUUCCGUGCACCUGCAUGUCCUGGGACGCCUGUCCAUCCUGCCACGGAGCCGCCAAGGAGCACUCACCUGGGUUACCCGAAACCAGGCUACGUUGCAUCAGCCCCGGCGCGGUUCCCCCCGCAGACUGCUCCGAGUGUGGCUGGGGAUGAAGAUGAGAUCUAUGAUGACGUAGAGCCCGUUGGGCUGAUCAGGAAAGGCCAAGGCAUUUUGCUGCCCACCAUGUCCUGGCUGCCAGCACAUCCUUGCCCCAGAGGAGGUGGAGGUGCUGGUCGAGCCUCCAAGAGGGUUGCCUUGCCGGCAGCUGCACAGAGAGAAGCCCAAGUCUCCUGGAAGGUGAAGCCAAUGACACUUAAGGAAUGCAAGAAGGAAGAGAAGGUGGACAGGGAGUUCCAGAAGAAAUUCAAGUUCAAAGGAAGCAUCAAUGUCCUGACUCAGAUGAUGGUUGACCCCGCAGCAACGGAGAAGAGGGGCGGAGGGAAGAACCUGCCGCUAAGACGAGGAGAAAUUCUUGAUGUCAUUCAGUUCACAAAUCAGGAGCAAAUCCUCUGCCGAAACAGCCAGAGAAGGUAUGGCUAUGUGCCCCGGGCUGUGAUGCUGCACCUGGACACUGACAUCUAUGACGACGUUGAGACUUUCGGUUGAGUGAUCCAUGCUAAAGCCAAAGGAACAAGACAGCACCGACAGAGAACUCCCCAAGGGCUGACAUGUGAGAAGCACUAUACGCCACGCUCCUGCUUUGGGAGGAGCUCUGCUCUCUCUGAGAGCCUGCAAAAGCCACCGUGUUCCUGCCAGAACAGCGGCGGGGCUGUUUGACGUGCUGCGGCACUGCGGGGAUC